AUGUCAUAUAACGAGGAAGAUAUUUUCGAACAAGAUGAUGAAAUAGAUCAGUAUACAAAAGCUCUCGACGAUUCCGAUAUUGAUGAUAUUGAAGAUGAUAUGAAACCAGUCGGUAAUAUUGAAAGUGAAGAAUAUAGCGAUGAUGAGAAUAGAUAUCCAUCAAAAGUGACAAUAACAGCAGCAGGAUGUACGAAAAAAGAAUUUGAAGAGAAAUGGACAUUUGUUGUACCAGAAAAUGAUUGUCGAUCUAAAUGUUUAUCUGAUUUCAAUGAACCACCAGGACCUACUUUCACUGUUCCAAUUACUUGUAAUGAGAUAAAAAAAAUUUUUGCAAUAUGCAUACAUAUGGAAAUGAUUCGAAAACGACGUAUACUCGAUUAUUGGUCGACUGAUCCUCUAUUGAGCACACCAAUCUUUCAUUCAAAAAAUUAUUUAUCUCGUAAUCGAUUCUUUGAAAUACUUCGUUUUUUGAGAUUUGCAGAUUAUGAAAAAAUGGUGGACAGCGAUAGAUUGAGAAAAAUACGACUUUUUUUGGAAAUAGUUCGAGAAAUAAGUACAUGUGUUAGAAAUAGCGAUGAAAAUAUUGUUGCUUUCGAUUUAGGAGUUCCAAAGGAAUUAACAAGAAAAAAAAUGAAGGCACCUGAUUCUGCUUUCAUACGAAGUGGUGAACUUCUUCUGGUGAAGUUCCUAGAUAAAAAAGCAAGUGGUGAAAAAGAAAUUUAUUUGAUUGAUUCGAAAGGCAUUGCCGGAGGUUCAUUAGUGGAACGAUACGAAAAAGGUAAUGUUAUAUCAAUUCCACUCGAAUAA